AUGGCUUCGGCAUCGCGAUUGACCUCGCCAUUCUUUAACGACCAUUCGUGGUCUCAAGAAACCGCCAGUACCAAUGGCAGCUCUCAGUCCUCGCUGUUCUCCCAACCCUCGCAACACUCGACGCAACCUUCGAGACAAUCGUCUCUGGCCUCUUCACCACUCGAGCCCGAUCUGGAAGCAGACCUCGACCAGGAACAACUAGAUGAAAUCGAUGAGCACUCUCCUGAGGUAUGGGCAAGCUACUUGAGCGCCCAAUACCAGACUCACAUCGUCGAAACCCUGAAGCAGACCGUAUUCGAAAAGCUUGACCAGCUCAAAGCCUCCAUCACCUCCCUACAACAGAAUUAUGUCCGUCAGGAGGAGGCCAGCACAGCAUCGUCUAGCGAGCUCAGGGCCACCCAUGAUCAGAUUUUCACCUUCCUUCGAGAUCUCAAACCCAUUCCAGGCCGGAUCUCCGCACUAGAAAGUGAUGUCAGGCAGAACAAGGAACAAGCAGGCCGUGCCCUCUCCGAUCUCGACGACAAGCUCUCGAGCCUGAAGACGGAUCUUGUCGUCAAGCAUGACGGAGCCGUGAGAGGCUUGAAGAGCGUCCGAGACCAGAACCAGUCCCUUCUCGAGACACUCGUAGCUCUGCGAGGAGAGGUCAUGAAUUUGCAGCUACAACAGACGCAGACGGACGGAAGACUCUCUACUUUCCAAAAAGAACUGGAGAAGACUCUAGCACCGCGUCCAGAACUCUCUAAUGAGGCCAUGGACUUCUUAAGACAGCUUCUUUCUCGUCGUGCCGACCUCAUGGGACUUAUGGAGCCGCCAACCACAGCAACAAGCGGUACGAACGUGCCUCUUAUCGAAGCAGCGCCCCAACUCGAUCUGCCAUGGAGGUCUCCUCAAGACACCGUCGACAGUACCAACUCGAACCUGCCAGUCCAGGCAGCUCCGAAGACAAGAGCUGCACAUAAAAGAAAAGCGUUGCCGUCAGCACUUGACCUCACGGGUCCGGAGCCCCAGGCGGAGAAAAGAGCGAACCCGAAGCGAACGAAAUUCGACUUACCUCCCGUCAGCUCGAGUCGGCAGCUUCACGAGAGCAGGAAACAGCUACCUGUCGCCAAAGCGAAGAAAGCGCUUUCUGCCCCAGAGACACGACCAUCUGCUACGACCAAGCAGACCGGUACUACGAAACAGAAAGCCCCCGUUGCAGGCAUGGGAACCGCUCCUGCUGGCCUCAGUCAGCAGCCUCCUGUGAGGCCCAAGGUUCAGGACAUGAAGCUUCUCUUCAAGAAAUUCAACGACGAGUACAAAGCAAAACGUCCCAAAUUCGACUACCUCUUCAUAUGGAAGUUCAUCGGCCAAAUUGAGAGUUCAGAGAAGCUGAUUCAUCUUCAAGUGCGCCUGUUGGAACUUUUACCAGACCACGUCUCGCAGAGGAGGGCCUCUCAUCGCCUUGGGGAUAAGUUCAUCCAAAUUUCGAAAACAGUGACCUGGGCGCAAUUUGCGACGGCGCUUGCUGAGGUGUAG